GCUAUGAUAAAACAAAAUAUUAGCUUUGAUAAAACUAAAAAUAAUACCUAAAAUUUGAAACACCGUCUCUGCCUAAAAUGUUUUUCCUGAAGAGUGAACCUUCUGUAUCUAGAUUCAAACUUCGUUUGAAGAGAGAUGACAUUUUAGCAGAUAUUAAAAAUAUCAGUCAAGAUCGGAAUCAAAAGGAGCAACUUUAUUCCUGCUUGGAAGAAAAACCUGAAUAUGAUCAGAAAAUUAAUAAAAUCGAGAACUUUUUGAAAUGUUCUCUAGCCCUGGAAGAAGCUACGGAAAAUUUGCAGUCCAAAGUUGAUAUCGUCAAGAGAUUAGAACAGAAAGUACAAUGUGAUAUGAAUAAGCUUCGAGAGAAGUGUUCUGUUUAUUCUCUCGAACAGCACUGAAAAAUUGGUCAUUGAAAUUCAGAUUGAUAAAAUUCCUUUAUUGAGUAACAUAUUCAAAAUAAUAUUUCAUAAGUGAUAAUAAAAUGACUAACUCAACAAAAUACAAAACAAGUGUGGGGAGAGGUAUCUUUGUAUAUAAAAUAGGAAUCCCUAUAAAAUAUUGAUUCUAAAGAAUGAAUCAUCAAAAACAUAAUAUAUUGGUUAUAUUAUACAUAUAGAUUUGGAGCUUCAUCAAUGUUCCUUUGAGAUAAAAAGUAGAAAAAAUUGCAAGGAUGAGCUGUAAAUUGAAAAAAUAUAUUAGUUUUCAGUCGA